UGACAGUUUAACGCACGGUUUUAAAUUCUGGCUUGUGUUGUAUAUGGUUGUUACAGAUUGUUACUUUUACUAAAUUUAAGUCAAUUGUGUCAUAGACUACCCUUUUAUUUCGUUCCGUCUUUUACAGCUCUCAUCUCUCAUGCCAUUCUAUAUACUACCCUAGUGCAUAAAGUAUUUUUGGCAGACACAAACCGGGACAACUCACAUUUCUUGCAAUUACAAUGGCGGCAGUGGCCAGCCUAAAACAUAUUUUCGGUUACCGAACCGGAAUUUCCGGGUCUGUUGUGUUUAUUGAUGAUCAGACCAUUGUCUACCCAUGUGGAUCUAAUUUAGUCCUAUACAACCUCGAGCAAAAAACACAAAAAUUUAUCCCAGGUUUGGAAAAGUCUGAAGGAAUGACAGCUCUUGCUAUCAGUCCAAACAGAAGGUACAUUGCUCUUUCUGAGAAAACGCUGGAUAAGCCUGUCAUAACCAUAUACGAUGUACAUGCUCUUCGCAAGAAAAAAACAUUGCACACUCCUGACACUCACUCCAAUGAAUUCGUUAGUAUAGCUUUUUCUCCGGACUCAAAAUAUCUUGCAGUACAGAGUGGGAGUCCUGAUUGGACUUUAACAUACUGUCCUGGGAGAAACCAAAACAACUCGCUAAUCUCUUUCAGCCCUCAGGAUUGUUCAUUAAUAUGUGUUGUUGGCACUGAUAUCAUCCGUUUGUAUCGCUAUGGGGAAAACAAUCUCAAAACAUAUGGCAUAAAUAAGGUUGAACCUCGAAACUUCCUUUGUCAUACUUGGAUUGAUGGUGAGAAAAUUGCCGCUGGAACUGAUGAGGGACGAUGGAUAUUGGUAGAAAAUGGGGAGUCAAAAUCGGAAUAUAACAUCUCUGCUAUAAAUGAGAAAAGUGGGGCAUAUCAGGAAAGCAAAGAUAUUAUACAGACAAAAACUAGUAUAACAUCAUUAGCUUCUACAUCAAAAGGUUUAAUUGUAGCUACUUCAUCUGGUAUUGUUUAUUGGUUUGAACAUAUUACUACAGAUAAAUUACAUCAACAAUCACAGCAACACUCUGAUAAACACCAUGUUAAACAUGAUAAACCUAUCACCACCACCACCACCACAACAACAACAGGUACAACGAAUCAAUCAAAUAUAUCAUUCAAAGAUGAAUAUCAAUUCAUAAGUAGUAUCUAUGUACCUCAAGAUUUAAUAAUCAAUACUGAAUCUGAUUUAAAUAUUAAUCAAAUGAUGAUACAAUUACAAAUUAAUCCAUCUGAAGAUUUACUUAUCAUUGCAACAAAUACACAUCAAUUAUAUCAAUUUAAUUUAAACAAUAUUGAUACAAAUAUUAAUAAUAGUAAUAGUAAUAUGAAUAAAGAAUUACCUGUAUCAAAUGAAACAUUAAAAUUUAUACCAGUAUCUCAAUCAUUUCAUAAUGGACAAAUCAUUGGUAUGGAUGUAUGUAUACGUAAACCAUUGAUAGCUACAUGUUCAACUGAUAGAACAGUAAGAAUAUGGAAUUUUGAAACAAAUGAUCUUGAAUUAAUAAAACAAUUUGCUGAAGAAGUAUUCAGUGUAGCACUUCAUCCAACUGGUUUAUUUAUUUUAGUUGGAUUUAGUGAUAAAUUACGCUUAAUGAAUAUAUUACUUGAUGAUUUAAGAAUAUUUCAUGAAUUUACUAUACGUAGUUGUCGUGAAUGUGCUUUCAGUAAUGGUGGACAUUUGAUUGGUGCCGUCAAUGGAAAUGUUAUACAAAUUUAUUCAACGACAACAUUUGAUAAUCUAAUCAAUUUAAAAGGUCAUAAUGGUAAAAUUCGUUCUAUUAUAUGGUCAGAUGAUGAUCAUAAAUUAAUUUCCUGUGGAUUAGAUGGUGCUGUUUAUGAAUGGGAUACACAAAAAGGUACACGAAUGAAUGAAAAUGUAUUAAAAUCUUGUAGUUAUACAAGUGUAGCUGUUUCUCAAGAUGCUAAAACUGUUUAUGCUGUUGGUUCAGAUAAGACAUUAAAAGAAAUAAGUGAUUCACAGAUUGUUCGUGAAAUACAAUCAACCGAUCAUUUAUUUACAACAGUAGCUGUUUCACAUUCUGGUCGUAUGUUAUUUUGUGGUUGUCAAAAUGGUUUAAUUCGAUCAUUUCAAAUGCCACUUACAGAUCAUUCGGAAUGGCAAGAUUAUAUCGGUCAUUGUGAUAAUAUAACAAAAAUGAAAAUGGCAUCAUUUGAUGAAUAUUUAAUAACUGUUUCUAAUGAUUGUUCAAUAAUAAUAUGGAGAAUACAAGAUCGUGAAGCACGUUCAAGUAAAACUGAUAAAGAAAAUUUAUGGAUGGAAGAAAUAUUAAUUACUAAAUCAGAUUUAGAAGAGAAAAAUUCAAUGAUCAUUGAAUUAAAAACUCGUAUAGAUGAAUUAAAAUUAGAAAAUGAUUAUCAAUUACGUUUAAAAGAUAUGAAUUAUAAUGAACGUAUCAAAGAAUUAACUGAAAAAUUUAUACAAGAAAUGGAAACAUUAAAAACUAAAAAUCAAUUAUUAAAAUUAGAUAAAGAACAUAAUGAUAAUUAUCAUGAAAAUCAAUAUCAUGAAUUAUUAAAUAAACAUAAUGAACAAUUACAACAUAUUGAAUCAAUAUCUAAUCAAAAAUUAAUUAAUGAAUAUCAUAAAUAUAAUGAAUUAUCUCAAUUAAAAGAAUUAAAUGAAUUAAAUUAUGAAAAACAAUUAAAUAAUCAACAAUUAAAUCAUGAACAAUUAUUAAUGAAUACAAUUAAUAAUUAUGAAUUAAAAAUUAAUGAAAAAAAUACAAAAAUCAAUGAAUUAAUAAAUCAAUUAAAUUUAAAUUUAAAUCAAUAUGAAUUAAUGAAACAAUUAAUUGAUUAUAAUAAUGAUCAAGAAAUUUUAGAAUUAAAAUCUUAUUAUAAAAAUUUAUUAUUAAAUGAAUUAAAUUUAAAUAAAAAAUUAAAAAAUGAUAUAAAUUUAAUUAAAAAAAAUUUAUUAAAUUUACAAAAUAUUAUACAAGAAUCAAAUUUAAAUAUAAAAAAUUAUAAUAUAGAAAUUAAAAAAUUAAAUAAUAUAAUUGAUAAUUUAAAUAAAGAUUUAUAUAAUUUAAGAAAAGAAUUACAAGAAAGGGAUGAUACAAUACAAGAUAAAGUAAGUCUAUAA